AUGUCAAAGGACUGGCACUCCGGACACUUCUGCUGCUGGCAAUGCGACGAGUCACUGACAGGACAACGAUAUGUCUUACGAGACGACCACCCUUACUGCAUCAAGUGCUACGAGCAAGUAUUCGCAAACACAUGUGAUGAGUGCUCUAAAGUUAUCGGCAUUGAUUCAAAGGAUCUGUCGUACAAGGAUAAGCACUGGCAUGAAGCUUGUUUCUUAUGCUCCAAGUGUCGAGUUUCUUUAGUAGACAAGCAGUUUGGAAGCAAGGCUGACAAGAUUUACUGUGGUAAUUGUUACGAUGCUCAAUUUGCUUCUCGCUGUGAUGGAUGUGGCCAGAUCUUCAGAGCAGCUACUGUCGUAAGUUACGGAGUGCCCCGUGCCGUAACCCGCGAGACUAAUCGCUCGAGAUUGGAGUUAUUGCGGCUCGCUCGCUCUCUGCAAACAUUAGGGCUUGUUUUCUUCUCUCCGCUCCAGCACUGA